GAGACUUUAAAUUGACGUCCAAGGGAGUGUUUUACAGAGAAACGGUCCAAAAGAUCCCCUAUAAAAGGGAAACGGACACCCUCCUGAUGUAUACUUAUCGGGAUCAGCAAGAGCUGUUCACUGGGAAAGAGAUCAACGAAGAUUGCCGGAAACUCUAGAGAUGAAGAUUCCUCUGUUUCUCUGUGUUGUGGCCCUGACAGCUUACCUGCAAUGCACAGGUGCGCUAAAUCACAAACAUUGUGGUCCACAUCAUAUAAAUAAACCAUUUGUUUGCCCUGACGAAUAUUUGCCUGGCGGUUCUUAUACCCAAAAGGUUCCUAUAAAAAGUCCCGAUGGUUAUGGACAAAAAAUCAGCUACAGAAUUGAAACCGUCACCUACGGACCGAGUAAAAAGCUGUACUUUGCUUUCGAUGGUGACAAGACAUGUUACUGGCAGUGUGACAGCCAGGGGGUAGCCACACUCAGACCCUGCCCCACCAAGACUGUGUUCAAGGAGGAUCUGCAGACCUGUCUGCGAUAUUAGAAGCUAUGAAAGAUGAAACACAAUUUACAAAACAUAACUCAUUCAGUAAAAUUAUCGGCAUCCGGUGGACAGCAGAAAACGUUCAAUAUAAGUUGAGGUCGAAUAUUUGGCCAGAUGAAGUCAAAAUAGAAAAAGGCGCUCUACUACACAUUAUAUAUUAUUUCUGGAACAAAAUGAAGACUUGACAAUGGUUUACACAGGACGACUUGAAAAACUUUCUUGGCUAAAAUGGAUGACAUUUGCUUUGCAGAAAAAUCAUUAAUUUUCCUUCAGUACAUGAUUGCAAUAAUUUUAGUGUCGACAAAGAGUAUCUGGUGUCGUUCUUUACAUAGCUGGUUGAAAGGAAACACAAAGAGUAAAACAGCGUGGAAUUAUAAUAAUUCUUUGAUUCAUUAAGCUUCUCAUAUAAUGUUUGUAUUCACGUCUUGGAAUAAAACACUGCUUCUACAAAUGG